GGAUCUCUAUGCGCCGUCUCCAUCAGUAAGGGUUUGCUUCUUCCUCAAUUCAAUUUGGAAUUGUCUCCAGCCUCCACGGAAUCGCAGGCCUUAGCCAUAGCCAUAACCUACGUAGUUCUUCCUCGCUGCUACGGCUACCACCGCCGCCUCUGCCUGCUACGGUCACCACCUGGUCGGACGAGGUGACCUGCUAGUCUGCUACCUGUAUACAAACGGGAAUCCAUAUUGGAGUUAUACAAUGAUGCUAAUGCAUUUGGGCUGAAGUCUUCGAACAUACGCACAUAGAUAGAUAGAUAGAUAGAUAGAUAGAUCAGGGUGUUGUAAAUUGUUAUGGGAACUCAGGAAGAAGACAGAGUGCUUCUGGAACGUGGUCUUCUUCAGCAGGAUGAGAGCAGCAGAAUCUUCACAGGAGAUGGUUCAGUUGACAGGAAGGGGGAUCCUGCUCUUAAGACUACUACUGGAAAUUGGAGAGCUUGCCCCUUUAUUCUUGGUACUGAGUGUUGUGAGCGCCUGGCCUACUACGGCAUUGCAACAAAUCUUGUUAGUUACCUUACAAAGAAGUUGCAUGAAGGAAAUGUUAGUGCUGCUAGGAAUGUCACCACUUGGCAAGGCACCUGUUACCUAACACCCCUUAUUGGUGCUGUCCUGGCAGAUGCGUAUUGGGGAAGAUAUUGGACUAUUGCUGUCUUCUCCAGUAUCUAUUUCAUUGGCAUGUGCACUUUGACACUAUCAGCAUCUAUUCCUGCUCUAAAGCCUGUUGAAUGUGUGGGUUCUUUAUGCCCAACUGCUACUCCUGCCCAGUAUGCAAUAUUCUUUAUUGGCCUGUAUCUGAUAGCUCUAGGGACUGGUGGAAUAAAACCAUGUGUAUCAUCAUUUGGUGCUGAUCAAUUUGAUGAUACUGAUUCAAGAGAGAGGGUUAAGAAGGGAUCAUUCUUCAAUUGGUUCUAUUUUUCCAUCAACAUUGGUGCUUUAGUAUCUAGUAGUUUAAUAGUGUGGAUACAAGACAACGCAGGGUGGGGCCUUGGAUUUGGGAUUCCUGCAUUGUUUAUGGGACUUGCUAUUGCAAGUUUCUUUGCAGGAACACCUCUUUACAGAUUUCAGAAGCCCGGCGGAAGUCCUCUCACAAGAAUGUGCCAGGUCUUGGUUGCAUCAAUCCACAAAUGGAAUGUGACUGCCCCCGUUGAUAGUAGUCUACUAUAUGAAACACCAGAUAACGUUUCUGCAAUUGAAGGAAGCCGAAAGCUAAUGCACACCGAUGAACUGAGAUGCCUUGAUAAAGCGGCAGUAAUAUCAGAUGCUGAACUGAAAACAGGGGAUUAUUCCAAUGCUUGGAGGUUAUGUACAGUAACACAGGUCGAGGAAUUGAAGAUCUUGAUUCGCAUGUUUCCCAUAUGGGCUACUGGAAUAGUGUUUUCUGCCGUUUAUGCCCAAAUGUCCACAAUGUUUGUGGAGCAAGGGACGAUGAUGGACACUUCCAUUGGCUCCUUCAACAUUCCUGCAGCAUCUCUCUCAUCUUUCGAUGUUAUCAGCGUUAUCGUCUGGGUUCCAAUCUAUGACGCCAUCCUUGUCCCCAUUGCUAGGAAGCUCACCGGCAAGGAAAGGGGAUUUUCUGAAUUGCAGCGAAUGGGAAUCGGACUUUUCCUUUCAAUUCUGUGCAUGUCAGCUGCCGCAUUGGUUGAGAUCAAGCGGCUGCAGAUUGCAAGAGACCUCGAUCUGGUUGACAAAGCUGUUGCUGUACCAAUUAGCAUCUUCUGGCAGAUACCUCAAUAUUUCUUACUGGGAGCUGCAGAAAUUUUCACAUUUAUCGGGCAAUUGGAGUUCUUCUAUGACCAAUCACCCGAUGCUAUGCGAAGCUUGUGCAGUGCGUUAUCGCUUUUGACAACUGCAUUGGGGAAUUACUUGAGCUCGCUGAUUCUAACAUUGGUGACAUAUUUUACAACUCAAGGAGGAAAUCCAGGAUGGAUUCCUGACAACUUGAACUGCGGGCAUCUGGAUUACUUCUUCUGGCUCUUAGCUUUUCUCAGCUUCCUCAACAUGGUUAUAUACAUCUUCUGUGCCAAAAUAUACAAAUCCAAGAAGGCAUCUUAAGGCGGGCAUGGAAUGAAUGGAUAUGAUGAAGUAAUGGCUGUGUGCAAGUUUCAUCUAUUACUUCUCCCACUCCAAUAUAAUGUAUACUAUAACAUAAACACUCAUUCUCAACGCAUUGUUGUACUUUAUUCUCAUCUUCUUGAUGAAUAUCAAGCAUUUACAUUAUCAUAUCCUAAUAUUUGUGCAGUAUUUACUCUUUA